UGUUGUCCCUCCCGCGGGCGGGCCGGGGCCGGGCACUGGGACCGGGUCCGGGCAGUGGGGCCGGGCUGCGCGGAGCGGAGAGGAGAGGAGCGAUGGCGGCCGCGGGGCUGAGGUUCGACGGGCGGGUGGUGCUGGUGACAGGCGCCGGAGGAGGUUUGGGCAGAGCAUAUGCUCUGGCUUUUGCUGAAAGAGGAGCUUCAGUAGUUGUGAAUGAUCUUGGAGGUGAUUUUAAGGGAUAUGGCAAAAGCUCCUCAGCUGCUGACAAAGUUGUCGAUGAAAUCAGAGCAAAAGGAGGGAAAGCAGUACCCAAUUACGAUUCUGUGGAAGAUGGUGAAAAGCUUGUGAAGACAGCCCUUGAGGCUUUUGGGAGGAUAGAUAUUGUUAUAAACAAUGCUGGGAUUCUGAGAGACCGUUCCUUUGUUCGGAUAAGUGACGAAGAUUGGGAUAUAAUUCACAGAAUUCAUUUGAGGGGGUCGUUUCUGGUCACCCGAGCUGCAUGGAAUCAUAUGAAAAAUCAGAAGUUUGGCAGAAUAAUUAUGACGUCCUCAGCUGCUGGAAUAUAUGGAAACUUUGGUCAGGCAAACUACAGUGCUGCAAAACUUGGCCUUUUGGGUCUUGCAAACACAAUUGCAAUUGAAGGCCGGAAAUAUAACAUCCACUGCAACACCAUUGCUCCUACUGCUGGAUCCAGGCUGACCCAGACUGUCAUGCCACAAGAUCUGGUCGAUGCUUUCAAACCAGAAUAUGUUGCUCCUUUAGUAAUUUGGCUUUGCCACGAGAGCUGUGCUGAAAAUGGCAGUCUUUUUGAGGUGGGAGCUGGGUGGAUUGGAAAAUUGCGCUGGGAGCGAUCCUUGGGUGCCAUUGUCAGAGGAAAGAAUCAACCAAUGACACCUGAAGCAGUGAGAGAUAAAUGGGAGAAGGUGUGUGACUUUGAUAAUGCCAGCAAACCCAGAACCAUCCAAGAAUCCAUAAGUGUAUUGAGCGAUGCUCUAAGUCAGAUAGAAUCUCAAGGGAAUGUUUCUAUGAAUUCAACAAGCUCUGCAUCAGUGGUCUCUUCUUCUGUUGACACAGCAAGCAUUGUUGGCCGUAAAUUGGGUACCAAUGUGUAUAAAUACACUCACUUGGAGCCUAUUCUAUAUGCACUUGGUGUGGGAAUGUCUACUAAGGAUCCAGACCACCUAAAAUUUCUCUUUGAAGGAAGUGAAGAAUUCUGCUGUUUACCUAGCUUUGGAGUAAUUCCUGCUCAGACAUCGAUGUUUGAUGGUGUUCCUUCUCUUUCAGGACUAAAUAUUGAUCUUGCAAGGAUGCUGCAUGGUGAGCAAUAUCUGGAGCUUUAUAAACCAUUACCAACUUCAGGAGAAUUAAGGUCAGUUUCAACUGUUGCUGAUAUUCUGGACAAAGGAUCAGGAGCAGUCUUGCUAAUAGAUGUGAAUACCUAUUGUGGAAAGGACCUCGUCUGUUAUAAUCAGUUCUCUUUGUUUUUUGUUGGAGCUGGAGGAUUUGGUGGAAAACGAGCAUCAGAAAAGGCCAAGUUAACAGCAGCUCCACCCCAGAGAACCCCUGAUGCUGUAAUUUCUGAUGUUACAACAGCUGAUCAGGCUGCCUUGUAUCGACUGAGUGGGGAUUGGAAUCCUUUACAUGUGGAUCCAAGUUUUGCUGCUCUUGGAGGAUUUAAGAAGCCUAUACUUCAUGGACUAUGCACCUUUGGGUUCGCUGCUAGGAACGUUUUGAAGCAGUUUGCAAAUAAUGACGUGAACAGAUUCAAGGCAAUCAAGGUUCGCUUUGCGAAGCCAGUCUAUCCAGGGGAAACUUUGCAAACAGAAAUGUGGAAGGAAGGAAAUAGAGUCCAUUUUCAGACCAAGAUCAAGGAGACUGGAGAAGUUGCCAUUGCAGGGGGCUAUGUGGAUCUAGUACCAGCCUUGGAAAAGCCUUCUGCUCGAGAGUCUCUGAUGGCUGAAGGGCUGCAAAGUAACCUUGUGUUUGAAGAAAUUGGUCGUCGUGUAAAAGAGAUGGGAAAUGAAUUGGUAAAGAAAGUAAAUGCCGUAUUUCAGUGGGACAUCACUAAAGAUGGAAAAACAGCAGUGCAGUGGACAAUUGACUUAAAGAAUGGCUCUGGAGCAGUGUAUCAAGGACCUGCCAGAAAUUCUGCUGACACUACCUUCACUCUCUCAGAUGAGGAUUUUAUGGAUGUGGUACAACAAAAGAUUAACCCCCAAAAGGCAUUCUUUUCUGGUAAACUAAAAGUGAAGGGGAACAUCAUGCUGAGCCAGAAACUGGAAAUGAUCCUGAAAGACUAUGCCAAACUCUGAACUGCUGGAUCAUCUACCACAGCAGUGAAGAACUGUAGAAGAUUGAAACUCAAUUAGUUCAGAACCAAUGAUUUGCAGGCUAGUUAACAUCAAUGUACUGAUUCAUUAUACUGCUAAUACACAAGCUGAUUUAAUUGCUGUAGACAGAAGUUAUGAAAUGAAAAUAACUCUUCUUAUUGUCCCUUUCUAAUUUCUCAGCAAUGGUAGAGAAUCAUACUUUUCUGAUUGUACAUCUUUAUCUAAAUAAAAUAUAUUUAGUUCUUACAGAGAACCAUAUAUUUCUAUGUUAAUUCUGAAGAAAAUUAAAUCAAUAGACUUCAUUAAUAUCUCCUUUUAUGUGUCUGUCAGUCUUCAUUCAUCUUGCCUUAGAUAGACUUAGUUUCUAUGAGUCUAUCUGCUUUAUUAUUUAAACUAAUGUUUUUUUGUCUCAAGCUCUCAUGAUUGUAUCAAAGUAUCUGGAAGAUGGAAGUAAAUUCCAUUUAUUUA